AUGCAAGUACUGAAAUCAUCUUCCGUUUUCUCUACUUCCCAUUUCCUCAAUUUCCCCUUAAAACCCAAAUCAGUUAUUUUUCUUCUCUACUAUUCUUCUUCUUUGUCUUCUCCUUGCUCCUCUUCUUCUUCAACCUCAGUUUCAAAUUCUCCCCUUUUCAAUUACCUUGUAAAGAACUUGGAUUUCACUGAAACUCAAGCUCUUUCAAUCGCUAGCCGUUACCCUAACGUCAAAUCCUUCGAAAAACCCCAAUCUGUUGCCAACUUUUUCCGAAAUCUUGGCUUUUCUAAUGCCCAAAUAGCCGCUUCUGUACGAAACGCGCCCCAAAUUCUCUUUGCUAAUGUAGAAACGAAGCUUAGACCAAAAAUCAAGUUUUUUCAAGAUCUGGGUCUUAUGGGUACUCACCUGGAUAAGUUUCUUUCCAGGAAUUCUGUGCUUUUAGCUUGUAGUUUAGACAAAAAGUUGAUUCCUUCUAUCCAAAUUGUCAAGAGAGUUUUAGGGAAUAAUGAUAAUAAGGACCUGAUCAAGGUCUUCGAUAGAAGCAAUGGUUUUAUUGCCAGUGGUCGCAUAUUAAAGUUGUCGAGAAACAUUGAGUAUUUGGAGAGCUGUGGGAUUGUUGGGUCUCAGCUCUCAAGGUUGUUAAGGAGACAACCUAGGAUUUUCAGAAUGCGAGAAUCUGCAUUAAGGGACCUCGUUUCCAGGGUUUUAGAUAUGGGGUUUUCAACUGAUUCGAGGAUGUUAGUACAUGCUGUUCAUACUAUGAAUCGCUUGAGUGAACAAACACUUAAGAAGAAAUGGGAAUUACUAAAGAGUUACGGUUUUUCGGAAAAUGAUUGCUUGGAUAUGUUUAGGAAGGCCCCAGGUCUCUUUAGGCCCUCUGAGGAGAAAAUGAAGUUAGGAAUAGUGUUCUUUAUGAGUAUAGCAAAGGUUGAUAAGAAUGUGUUGGUUUCUAGACCUCAUCUUUGGAUGAAUAGCUUGGAAGACCGAGUGAUUCCUCGAUACAGAGUUUGGCAGAUUAUCAAGUUAAAGAAGUUGUUGAAGAAGGAACCGAGUUUUCUUAACCUUUUGGACUAUAAAGAGAGAGAAUUCUUGCAGUUCAUCUCAAGUUUUACAGAUGAUGUGGAGGAGCUGUUGAUGGCUUACAAGGCUCAUCUUUUGCACACUUCAGAAGAAUAAGA